AUGGGGGCCACUUGGAACCUACAUUGGACCUGGGCUGAAAGACAGGCGAGAGACAGUUUAGCUCAUUUCCGGGAACCUUUUAGCCUAAGAUCAGCACGGGAAGGAGAAGCACUGCCCUUUCUUCAGCAGGAGCCUCAGCCUCUCUCCCUGGGACCGACUGCUCCAUGCCAAAGGUAUGUGGGAACACAAAUGGAUCUUGCAUUUGAGGUCAACAUUGUAGCUGUGAAUCAUGUUGGUCUUGCUGAUCUCAUUAUUUCCAGUCCAAGAGGUUCAGAAGCAAACCUGGAGGUGAGACCUGAAGAAAGUUGGAGCCAUGCUGACCUUGAACACUUCAAAGAAGCAACUUCUAUGUCUGAAAAGCCCACCACCAAUUUUGCAAAUGAGGAAGAUGGGGGUCCCCAAAUCUGCCGCGUCUGUGGGGACAAGGCCAAUGGCUAUCACUUCAAUGUCAUGACAUGUGAAGGAUGCAAGGGCUUCUUCAGGAGGGCCAUGAAACGCAAUGUCCGACUGAGGUGCCCCUUUCGCAAAGGCACCUGCGAGAUCACCCGGAAGACACGGAGGCAGUGCCAGGCUUGUCGCUUGCGCAAGUGCCUGGAGAGCGGAAUGAAGAAGGAGAUGAUCAUGUCCGAUACCGCGGUGGAGCAGAGGCGGGCGUUGAUCAAGAGGAAGAAAAGGGAACGAAUCGCGGCUCAACCGCCGGGGGAGCAGGGGCUGACGGAAGAACAGCGGUCCUUGAUCAGGGAGCUGAUGGAUGCCCAGAAGAAAACCUUUGACUCCACCUUCUCCCAUUUCAAGGAUUUCCGGCUGCCAGAGGUGUUUAGCAGUGGCCAUGAGAUUCCAGAGUUUCUGCAGACUCCACCGGGGGAAGACCCUGUCAAUUGGAGCCAGUUCAAGGAAGAUCUGUGUACCAUGAAGAUCUCUCUGCAGCUUCGAGGGGAAGAUGGCAGCGUGUGGAACUAUAAACCCCCAGCCAACAGUGACGGGAAGGAGAUCAUUCCCCUGCUGCCCCACCUGGCUGACAUGUCGACCUACAUGUUCAAGGGUGUCAUCAACUUUGCUAAAGUUAUCUCCUACUUCAGGGACUUGCCCAUUGAGGACCAGAUCUCCCUGCUGAAGGGGGCCACCAUUGAGCUGUGCAUACUGAGGUUCAACAUGAUGUUCAACGCAGAGACUGGGACCUGGGAGUGUGGUCGGCUGGCUUACUGCUUGGAAGACGUUGAAGGUGGCUUCCAGAAACUUCUGCUGGAUCCUAUGAUGAAAUUCCACUACAUGCUGAAGAAGCUGCAGCUGCAUAAGGAGGAGUAUGUGCUGAUGCAGGCCAUCUCCCUUUUCUCCCCAGACCGCCCAGGUGUGGUGCAGCGUGGUGUGGUGGAACAGUUGCAGGAGCGAUUUGCCAUCACUCUGAAGGCCUACAUUGAGUGCAUUCGGCCCCAGCCGGCCCACCGGUUCCUGUUCCUGAAGAUCAUGGCUGUACUCACCGAACUGCGCAGCAUCAAUGCCCAGCACACCCAGAGGCUGCUGCGCAUCCAAGACACACACCCCUUCGCCACACCCCUCAUGAGAGAAUUGUUCAGCCCCACAGAUGGCUGA